CCUGGGCGCUGUACCGACCGGAACCUAUGAACUACGACAUUGAGGACAUACCGUUGGACAAGUGCACGCACCUCAUCUACGCAUUCGUCGGCCUUAGCAACCAGACGUGGGAGCUUUUCAGCAUUGACCCGGAGUAUGACUUCAACAAAGGCGGAUACCGGCGGUUCACGGCGCUGCGCAAAAAGAACCCGCAACUGAAGACUCUUCUGGCGGUUGGUGGCUGGGCCGAAGGGGGCAAGAAGUAUUCGGAGAUGGUUAGCACCACGGGUCGCCGGCACACGUUCAUCAAUAGCGCGCUCAAGUGGGUGCAGACGUACGGUUUCGACGGCUUUGACCUUGACUGGGAAUACCCAGGCGCCUAUGAUCGUGGCGGGGCAUACUCGGACAAGGCCAACUUCCUCUUGCUGGUCAAGGAACUCAGGUCCGUUUUCGACCAGUACAAGUUGCUACUGACAGCUGCUGUGCCGGUUGCAAAGUUCCGCCUGCAAGAAGGCUACGAAGUUGCAGAGCUUGGGGAGCUCCUGGAUUGGAUAAAUGUUAUGACUUAUGAUCUACGUGGAAACUGGGCCGGGUUUACGGAUGUCCACAGUCCUCUAUUCAGAAGGUCAUUCGAUGAGUGGGCGUAUGAAAAACUCAAUGUGCACGACGGACUGCAGCUGUGGAUCAGCCUGGGAGCUCCGCGGGAGAAACUGGUUGUCGGCGUUCCCUUCUAUGGCAGGACUUACACGUUGAGUGAAAAGUCAAACACGGGACUCAGGGCUUACAUCAACAAAGAAAAGAAUGGCGGAAUCCCCGGACCGUACACGAACGCCACUGGCUUUCUUGCCUACUACGAGAUCUGUCCACAUGUGAACUCUGGAACAUGGACGAAGAAGUUUGACGACGUUGGCAAAUGUCCAUACGCCUAUUACGACAACCAGUGGAUCGGCUACGAGGAUCCUGAAAGUAUUUCCAUAAAGAUGGACUACAUCAUGGGUCAGGGCUACGGCGGUGCCAUGAUCUGGGCCGUUGACAUGGACGAUUUCCAGGGAGUGUGCGGCCGCAAGAACGCCUUGAUCAACGUCAUCUACGAGAAGCUGGCCGACUACGACGUGCCGCAGCCGGAGCCCACAACUACGCCACUGCGCUCGACAUUCGACGACGGCCAGUGGCAUUCGACCACGACGCCACUGCCCAGCACGGAGGUGACCACGCCUAAGGUGGCCGUGACGAAGAGCUACCCACGAGACUGCGACAGCCCCACGAUCUCGUUUAUCCCGCACGAGAACGACUGCACCAAGUACUACUGGUGCGUGUACGGCACGCCCAUGGUGAUGUUCUGCGAAGGAGGGACCGUCUGGAACCAGGACAAUGGCAACUGCGACUGGGCCGAGAGAGUGGACAGGCCCGAGUGCAAGCACAUCACAAGAAAACCCAAGCGGCCGCACAGGGAUAUGGAAACGGAAAGCGUCUGCCACUCCCUCGUUGCGGCAAUGGACGAAGAUACUUCUGAGGACCUUCCUGGCGCGCAGCCGUCAGGCCGGCUUACGGCCAGGAAACGCGGGAGCCAGUCAAGUGACACAGACAGCGAGGCCACCGAGUUGUACUCGGACAGCUACGAUUCCUCGGACGACGACUUCAAGGUUGUCAUGAGCCGAAAGCCAAAAAUAAGACUGCUGCGAGCGUCAUCGCCGAUGGACAAAGGCAGCGAUGCGAUCCAAGGCAUCACGAUCCCUCGCAACAAGUUCGAGGUGCCCGUGGUUUGCUACUACUACGGCUGGGCAAGCCGGCGCCCUAGCCCCAUGAACUAUCAGGUGGAAGACGUCCCUCUGGAUAUGUGCACCUUCGUAGUGCUCGCAUUCGCCGGCAUCGACAAUCAAACCUUCGAGUUGAAGAGCAUGAUUCCUGAAGUACCAGGAGGACAGCCAGCACACCCGAAGUUUAAAGUAAUGUUCCGGAAGCGGUACCUGAACUUCACAAACCUCAAGAACCAGCACUUGUACCUGAAAACUAUGCUGGCGGUCGGUGGGUGGCACCUGGGAGGCGAGGUUUUCUCCAAAAUGGUCAGCACGCCCGAGAGCCGGGCAGCGUUCGUCUGGAGUGCGCUGCGGUGGAUGCUGGACUACAAGUUCGAUGGCCUCGAGAUUAUCUGGAAAUACCCAGGCUACGAGAAACGAGGCGGAAGGCCACAGGACAAGGAAAACUUCGCGCUUCUUCUGAAGGAGCUCAAAGAAGCCUUUGCAGCCCAUCCUCUCUACUUGACGGCUGCUGUUCCUUUGGAGGAGAACUACCUAGACGAUGGCUACGACAUUCCUAAAAUGCAACGACAUGUCGACUGGUUCAACGUCCUUGCCUACGACCUGCGCGGGCCCUGGAACCGGUUCACGGACAUGCACAGCAUCCUUUACAAGAGGGCCGGAGACUCUCCCUACUUUCAAGACCUCACCAUCGCCGAAGGUAUGAAGCGGCUGGUCCGCAUGGGUGCUCCAAAGCAGAAGCUAAUGCUGGGCAUCGCCUACUACGGCCGCACAUAUGUGCUUCGUGACCCCAAGAAGAACGGAGUCAAGGCACGCAUCAUAUCCAAUGCAAGAGCACAAGUAGGGCCUUAUGUUGGAUCUGACGAGCUCAAGGGUUACUACGAGAUUUGUCAAGAUAUCAAAUCAGGUGGUUGGACACGGAUGUUCGACAAUGAGGCCAAGUGUCCUUACGCCUACCGUGGAGAUCAGUGGGUCGGCUACGAAGACGAAGAAAGUGUUGCUAACAAGAUGGACUUCAUCUUGCGCGAGAAAUACCGCGGAGUCAUGGUGUUCAACAACGACCUGGACGACUUCCGUGGAGUGUGCGGCCCGAAGAACCCACUCAUGACCGUAAUCUUCAACAAGGUCGGCGAGAAGGCGCUCCGAGAGCUGGCCAACCAGAUACAGUCUACAUCUAACAUAGCUGCGUGGUUCGUGAUUAAGGAAGGCUAUCGCGCCGGGCAAACAAUCUAUCAGAAUUGGAAUAUGCGAGAAGUGUUGCGCGGAUUCCGGGACUCUUCAUUCUGCCAUCCUGACAGCGUAGCAAACACUCGGCGUCUUCGCACUUCGGUGCUGAUCCUCCUGCUCACCUUUCUUCAAGCGGCGUCAGCGGUGACCAAUGGUCGCGAUGCCACUGAGGGAGUCAACAUACCUCGUAACAAAUUCGAAGUUCCCGUGGUGUGCUACUACUACGGCUGGGCCAGCCGACGCCCAAGCCCCGCGGACUACCACAUUGAAGAUGUGCCGCUUGACAUGUGUACAUUUGUCGUUCUCGCCUUCGCUGGCAUUGAUGAAGAGACCUACGAGAUCAAAAGUAUGAUUCCGGAAUACGAUGACGACGAACGGAAGUACCUCAGCUUCACUGACCUCAAGAACCGUCACUUGUACCUGAAGACGAUGCUGGCCGUCGGUGGUUGGGACCUGGGAGGCGAGGUGUUCUCCAACAUGGUCAGCAGGCCUGAAAGACGGGCUGCCUUUGUCGAGAGUGCCGUCAGCUGGAUGCGCGCCCACGAGUUCGACGGCCUCGAGAUCUUGUGGAAAUAUCCGGGAUACGAAAGGCGCGGCGGCAAGCCAUGGGACAAGCGCAACUUCGUGCUACUGCUCAAGGAGCUGAAAGAAGCCUUCGCUCCGUACCCUCUCUACUUGACAGCCGCUGUUCCACUGGAAGAAAACUACCUCGACGGUGGCUACGACAUCGCUAACAUGGAGAAGUAUGUUGACUGGUUCAAUGUCCUUGCGUAUGACCUCCGGGGUACCUGGAACCGGUUCACCGACGUGCACAGCAUCCUAUACAAGAGAGCAAAUGACCCGCCAUACUUCCGAGACCUUACCAUCGCGCAAGGAAUGAAACGGAUCGUACGUAUGGGUGCUCCGAAGCGAAAGCUGAUGCUUGGCAUCGCGUUCUACGGUCGCUCGUACGUGCUUUGGGACGCCAAGGAUCACGGAGUCAAGGCACGCAUCAAGUUCGGCGAGCAAGCGGAAGCGGGACCCUACGUUAAUUCUAAUGAGCUCAAGAGUUACUACGAGAUAUGCAUGGACAUCAAAAGUGGCAACUGGACGCGCGAAUUUGAUGACGAAGCAAAGUGUCCUUACGCCUACAGCGGCGAUCAGUGGAUUGGCUAUGAAGAUGAAGAAAGCGUCGGUCACAAGAUGGACUUCAUUCUACGAGAAGGUUAUCGUGGUGUUAUGGUGUUUAACAACGACCUGGAUGAUUUCCGAGGGCUUUGUGGCCCCAAGAAUCCACUUAUGAGCGUCAUCUUCAACAAGGUCGGACAAAAGGCACUCAAAGAGCUUAGGAAUCGAACUGUAACUCAGCGACCAGAAGCGACUACGAGGUCGAACGUCAUACCGUAUUGGGAAACUUCGCUCAGGAACGAGAUUCCCUCCAGCGCGUCGAGGAGGAGACGACGCAGACCUGCCAUGCCACCGCCAAGGUCACCCGGUAGGGCACAAGAGGAGAAGGGGGAAGCGUUGCAGCCUGGAGGAAAUCCUUGUCGCUUGUUGUGGGGUGUUUCUGUUACGCCCAUUAAACCGCUUCUUUCGUACCGCUCGUGCAACGCCGUCGACGCCUGUUUUGCAACUCCCUAUAUACGAAGGUCGCUGGACGCUCGGACGUGUCAGAAGCGGCUUCCUCGGACCUCCACGAUGUUUACCGUUUUCUUCUGUGGUUUUCUGCUGGUCCACAUAGUUCCGACUGUUCGCCCAGAUGACGACUUCAUCAGAAACGGUGGCAGCCCCGUAGUGUGCUACUACCAUGGCUGGGCAGCAGACCGUUACAGCCCCAUGAACUAUCGCAUCCGGGACAUUCCGGGAGAUCUGUGCACGCACGUAAACCUGAACUACGCUGGCAUCGACAAGGACACGCUAGAAGUCAAGGACCUCAUACCUGCAUACCAGAACAACUCACACUACAAAGACUUCACGGCCAUCAAGAAGAAGUUCCUCUUCGUGAAAACACUGAUCUCCAUUGGAGGCUGGGACCACGGAGGCGAAUCGUUCUCGUACGUGGCAGCAGACCGCAGCAGGCGGUGCAACUUUACGAGAAACUUGUUGAAGUUUCUCAGAGAAAACGACUUCGAUGGAGUGGACAUUGACUGGAGGUUCCCGGCGAGCCCAGACAGGAAUGGAAAGCCAGAGGACAAAGAGAAUUACGUCUUGUUCCUGAAGAGUCUCUGCAGACUGCGAAAGAAGGGUUUAAUCGUGACCGCGACGGUUCCAAUCACUCCUUUUUAUCUCGAUAAUGGAUACGACGUCAGACAGCUCUCAAAGUACGUAGACUGGCUCAAUGUGAUCGGCUUCGAUUUGAGGGGACGCUGGACUGGAAUUGCUGAUGUUCACAGCCCCCUGUACGCCAGAUCCUUCGAGACGGGUGACACUCGGAACCUGAACGUGGCACAGGGACUCAAGCGUCUUGUGGAGCUCGGAGCUCCCAAGAAAAAGCUCGUGCUCGGCAUCCCGUUCUUUGGUCGCAGCUACGUGCUCCGGACAAAGAGAAGCACAACGUUGGAGAUCCCAUUAAGGGACAUUCCAGCGGCGCCAGGACCUUUCAUCGGUAGCACCGAGAUCCUGGCCUACUACGAGAUAUGCACCAACAUUGAAGACGGCAUUGCGACGCGAGAAUUCGACAAUGAGGGAAAGUGUCCGUACAUAUACUACGAAGACCAGUGGGUGGGUUAUGAAGACGAAGAAAGUGUUGGCAUCAAGGUCGAUUUUGUCAUCAAAGAGGGCUACGCCGGAGUUAUGGUGUUCAACAACGACAUGGACGACUUCAAUGGAGUAUGCGGCACUACGCACCCGCUACUCAAAGUGGUCUACCAAAAACUGUCGGAGGCACCGGAAAGUCGACGGCGGCGGCGGUGGCGGAACUUGACGAAUCUCGAGCUCCAUCGAAAAGGAUGCAAGUUAGUCCUGGGUGCCAGCAACGGAGGCGCUCGAUCGAAACAAUACGCCCUUCCGAUAAAUAGAGCAGUCAAAGACGCUACGAAAUCGGAAAGAAAGGCAUCCACAGCAAUGGAGCCGCAAACCAAUAAUAGCUAUCUGAAAACUUGGGUUACGGCAUUUUGCGUCUUGCUGAUGGGGAUCUUCCGUCCUUCAGGGGCCGUCUUCAUUGAAAACUUUAGCCACGGGCGAAUUGUCCCCGUGGUGUGCUACUACGAGAAAGGCCAGGCUUUCCGUCCUUAUCCCAUGAACUAUGGAAUGGAAGACAUACCCGGGAACCUGUGCAGCCACGUGAACCUGGCUUACAUCGAGUUGAACGGGACGACUUGGACUCUCAAGCUGGACCCCACGAUCAACUUUGCAGAGUUUGCUCAGCUGAAGACCAAGUUCCCGCGAUUGAAGACGCUCCUUUCAAUCGGAGGGUGGAGCAACCAAACCCAAGUCAUAUCGGCCAUGGCUACUACGAUGACCCGGCGAAGAAAAUUCAUCAACGACGCCGUCCAAAAGCUCGUGAGCAACGGCUUGGACGGCCUUGACGUUUUCUGGCUUUUUCCUGGAAUGGUUGACAGAGGCGGAAAAAAGAGAGACAAGAUCAACUUCGUCAGACUCUUGAAGGAAUUAUACGCUGCCUUCAAAGAGCGCAAGCUUCUGCUUACGGCUGGCGUUCCCAUUAACCAGAACGUACUGGAUGACGGAUACGACAUACAGGCAAUCGACAGAUAUCUUGAUUGGAUGAAUGUCAUAGGUUACGACCUUAGAGGAUACUGGAACGUCAGAACUGACAUUCAUAGUCCUCUCCACCCCAGAAGAAUCGACGGACCCGAUGUCCCGGAGCUCAACGUGGAAGAGGGUCUUGAGGCGCUGCUGGUACGCGGAGCCUCGAAACGGAAGCUGGUACUGGGCGUGGCCUUCUACGGGCGCGUGUACAGGCUCGCGGACCCAGCGAACGCCGGCCUGCACGCGCCUAUCGACCUCAUCAACAGGCCGGAAAAGGGUGCCUUCCUCAUGAGCGACAACAUACACGCCUACUUCGAGAUUUGCAAGAAUAUAAGGUUCGGCACAUGGCGCCGCAGCUUCGACGCAGAAGGAAUGUGUCCGUAUGCAACUAACGGCCAGGACUGGGUGGGGUACGAAGACGCAGAAAGCAUCUCCAAGAAGGUUGAAUUUGUCAGAAAGGAAGGCUACGCCGGCAUAAUGGUCCUAAGCUGUGACAUGGACGAUUUUCGUGGAGUAUGCGGAACGCAUAAUAUACUGCUGCAAACGAUCAAUGACGCCCUACCUAGGCUGAAGUACAUAGUUAUUUAAAGUGGGUAAAAUGCU